UCCAGACUAGCACUGCGAUCAUUGUCGCUUGAUCACGUCAGAUUCAUUUCUCUUGCGAUGCCAACGCAGGCAACCUCCCCGGAUUUCCCACCAAUCCUCACCCAAUUCGCCUAUUUUCCUUACUCGGGACCAUUUCUUCCAAAAUUUGAGAGUAUCUAUGCCGCGUGGAAUUGGGUCCUGUCGACUUUAGCAAAUCUAGCGGAGGCUGAAGACUGGAAAGGGAGCAAUAGUUCUGCUGCUGCAGGCGGCUACGACCACGAGUGCCCGAUUCUCCACAAGUACCUUCACUGUACCUACCAGCGGUUGGUCGUUGAGCGCAAUAUUGCCAUUAACGAAAAUGGGCAAUUUUCUGCUUUUAACACCGGACUGCUUGAUAUCUACGACCAGGAGAUAUUUGGUUUCUUCAUGAAGAACUCGCGGAGUGGGCAGCAACCCUGGAUAUUCAUUCGAUGGGCCACGGAGUCAGAUGGAGAUCUAAUGAUCAAUUUCGAGCAUCUGCCAAGCAUGGCCGAGUACGUGACCGAUGUAUCGCAUCUGGUGUAUGAUAUGCGCCGGAAGCUCGUGUUGGAUUACGCGCACAUCCUAGGCGACAAUCUUUCGAGAUUCCCCAUCGAGCUACAAAGCAAUCCCAUCAAAGCCAAACAAGCGCUGGACGCUGCUGUGGCGCAAACACUCAAACGCUUGCGUCGAAACUACAAGCUUGCUAUCCCGCAAUGGUACCCCAAACUCAAAGAAGCCGGCGCACAACUCUUGUUGCCCCUGGAUUUGACGAGCUCCGGUUCUGCAGAUGUUGGGCUUGUAGUAGCAGCGCCAAAUGACAGCCAGUAUCGCGGAUACACGAUUUUGUCAUUGGAGAUGGCGUAUACAAAUGCGCGCUUGGUGGCGCGCCCCGACAGCCAGUGGCUGAAACCAUUGGCGACUGCUAUGGAGGAGCAGCCGGUAACCGAAAGUCCUGUCACGGGAUCUAAAAGAGAGCGUGAUUUGAUGGAGCCAAAUAACGAUGAGGGUCCCCUUUCGCCGCAGGCUCGGCAUCUUGCUGUAUAUGGGAGACGUUGA